AUAUAUGAUGAGGUAAUGGUGAUAAAUAAUUAUAUAAAGAAAUCCUGUGCAUCUGAUUCAAAGUUGUUAAUUUUUUUUUUAAAUGAAGAAGCUCUUCGUGCCACAUUAAUGUCCAAGCAGCGAUUGAAUGUGGAAUUGCUGUUGAAUCUAAUGUUCAAAAUGAAGAGUGUAAUGAUUUUGGCUUUAUUUGCCUUUGUGGCUGCUGAUAAAGACUAUUACGUCUUGGAUAAAAUAGAUUUAUCAAAAAUCGAAAACAACAUUGAAGAGCUAAAAAUUUUUAUGGACUGCGUCUUAGAUAAAGGAACUUGUUCUGAUUUAUAUAACAGUUACAAAGUGCACAUUGACGAAUCUUUUAAGACAGCUUGCGGCAAAUGUACUCCAGAACAGAAGCAAUUCGUUUCACAAUUCUUCAAGUUAUACAGAAAAGUUUUACCCCAAGACAUUGAGGACUUCAUUAAUAAAUAUGAUCCAGAAAGAAAAUACAUCGAUGAUUUGUUAGCUGAAGUCGACAAAUAUAAUGUUUAAAGUUAUAUUGUAAACUGAAUUAUACCUUUCAACAGUUUUUGCUUAUAAAAUCAUUUGAAAUUAUUGUAA